CCGCGAAAUACAAAAGUGCGAUCUAGGAACGAGCCGAGGUGUGGGCGAGAAAUGCAGAAAUUUCAUUGGCGACAACUAGAAAUUGCGUGCACUAUACUUUCAAUGGGCCCUACAAGCCGUGCUCGAUCGGUGUUUCGAAGGCCAUCAAGCAUACUGUUGUCGCCAAUGAAGAGUUAGUGGGGGAGUGGAGGAGGGGAGAGGGCCGGUUAUAAGAACCCCUCCUAGGCCGGCAAUAGAGAUCAAGAGAAUGAAACAAGAUAUAAGACUUGCCUUGGCCUGCUCAUCACUCACCCAAGAACAACUCUCCCAUCCACUCUUUUGCAAACCGCCACAAUGACAGUCACUCAAAGCAACCUUUUCGCCCCCCUUUCCCUCGGCAACCACACCCUCCAACACCGCCUCGCCCUCGCGCCCCUCACCCGUUUCCGCGCGACCGAUGCCCAUGUUCCCCUCCCCAUGGUAGCAACCCACUAUGCCCAGCGCGCCUCUACUCCCGGCACCCUCCUCAUCACCGAAGCGACGUAUGUCUCUCCUGCCGCUGUUGGCUACAAACAUGCCCCGGGAAUCUACAACGCCGCCCAGAUUGCCGCCUGGAAGCCCGUCACUAAAGCCGUGCACGCCCGUGGAGGUAUCAUCUUCAGCCAGCUGUGGGCUCUUGGGCGCACUGCGGACAAGGAGGGCGCCGAGAGUGAGGGACAGACCGUCAAGGCACCUAGCGCCAUCGCGGCGCCCGGUGGUGCGCUUCCGGAGGCUCUCACGGAGGAGGAGAUCCAGCAGUACAUCCGCGACUAUGCGCAGGCAGCGCGGAACGCCAUCGAGGCCGGCUUCGACGGCGUGGAGGUCCACAACGCGAAUGGAUACCUGCCCCACGAGUUCCUGGAGGAAGUGAGCAACCAGCGCACCGAUCACUGGGGAGGGAGUGUUGAGAAGCGCUUACGCUUCGGAAUCGCGGUAGUCAAGGCUGUUGUUGAGGCUGUCGGUGCCGAGAGGGUCGGUAUCAGAUUGAGCCCUUACUUUAAGGGGUACGGAAUGAACGUUGUUGAUCCGACCGAGCAGUUCACGUACUUCGUGAAUGAGCUGAAGAAGUUCAAUCUCGCUUACUUGCAUCUUGUCGAGGGCCGAUUCGAUGGAACCAAGGAGGAGAGGGACUCUGUUCGCUUCCUGGCCGAGGUAUGGGGCAAGGAGAAGCCGUUGUUGAUUGCUGGUGGAUUCGACGGCGAGAGCGCGAAGGAGCUCGUGAAAGAGUAUGAGGGAUUCAAGCUUGUCGUUGUCUUCGGGCGCCACUUUAUCGCGAACCCGGAUUUGGUGUACAGGAUCCGCGAGGGACUAGCGCUAACGCCGUACAACCGCAAGACGUUCUACAACGCCAUGCAAGAAGAGGGGUACACCGAUUAUCCGUUCAGCAAGGAGUUUUUGGCUAGCAGAGAGGCGCCAUUGAAGAUUAAGAGCAAAGCUUAAGUGGGAAUGGUUUUUGCAUAGCGUGGGUACGGGAGUUUAGACUUGUUUUGCAAUUUGAUACCAAAUUAUAUCGUUUUACAAAUACUAGCAGUUAAGAAUGUGGACUACGCUGAAGAUCUAGCGGCUGAACAAAUGUAUAGCUAGCUAGCGUCUUGCCCACACAUAAGAGAGAAUAUUC